AUGACCCCUACUCCCCUUAUGGGAGAUUUACCAAAGGAACGUUUAACUUCGGGCUUUCCUUUUAUGCGUUCUGGGGUGGACUACGCCGGACCAAUGCUCAUACUUAAUCGUAAGGGUAAAGGUGCUAGGACGACAAAAUGCUAUGUGUGCUUAUUUAUUUGUUUUGUAACGCGCGCUGUACAUUUAGAACUCGUCAGUGACUUAUCAACAGAUGCAUAUUUAUUAGCGUUAAAGAGAUUUAUAUCUAGGCGUGGCAACCCAUGUGAGAUUUUUUCUGAUAAUGGUAGAAAUUUUGUUGGAUUGAUGAAUGACUUUAAACAUUUUUUAGCUAAUUGUUCGUCACAGAUUAUAGAAUAUGCCACGGCUCAGAAUAUUCAAUUCACAUUCAUACCGCCUUAUGCGCCUCAUUUUGGCGGAUUAUGGGAAGCUGGAAUUCGGUCCUGUAAGAAUAUUUUACGUCGUAUAGUAGGAAACGCGCACUUAACCUACGAGGAGUUCAGUACAGUGUUGACACAAAUUGAAGCGGUCCUGAACUCCCGUCCUUUAAGCCCUAUGUCCUCAGAUCCACAAGAUUUGUCGCCUCUUAGUCCAGGCCAUUUUCUGGUGGGACGUCCACUUACUGCGCCUGCUAGUGAUGACUUCACUGAGACGCCUGUUCAUCGACUGACACGUUAUCAACGAGUUGAGCAGAUUCGACAGCAAUUUUGGUCCCGUUGGGCGAAGGAAUACGUGUCAGAACUUCAAAUAAGGACUAAAGGAAGGAAGAACACACUUGAACUGCAGCCUGAUAUGCUAGUAGUUAUUAAGGACGACAACCUACCGCCGCUAAAAUGGCAUCUCGGUCGAAUAGUGAAGAUCUUCCCUGGCAAAGACGGCAUCACUAGAGUAGCCGAUAUUCGCACAUCGUCAGGUGUCGUGAGACGCGCUUACAGCAAGAUAUGUCCCUUACUUGAUGACUAAUUCUAGUUUUGAAGUUUUAAAAUUGAAAGCUGAAGCUUUCAAGGCCGGGGGCAUGUUCAAGAUUAGACAUUAUAGUUGUUUUAAUAAAAGUUAAAUUUUUCGCACUUGCAAUAUUAGAACCAUAGAUAUAGACCGUUUAACCGCUAGAAGGUCAAACAUUCAAAUUUUGUUAACGGAUAGAACUACACGCACUUUUGUAUUUAUUUUAAUUUAUUAUAAAACUUGAGGCACGGACAAGCAUUUCAUUUCA